CUCUAAAAACAUAGGUACCUAUCUCUUAUUAGUUUGUGGUCUGUGUACAAAAACAAGUCAACUGUCAAGUUUACUCGAUACCAAAUUCUGAUGUCAAAAGAUUAUAAAUUCAAAGGAGCUUGAGCUUAUACUAUUUUGUUCACACACCCUAUAAACUCUUGAGAGUAUUAUGUGUAAAUCAGAUUGUUAAAAUUCGAUAACCCUAGUAAAAUUAGUAUUUUCUUAAUUACAAAGUUAUUGCUAGCUUUCAAAAUGUGUGGAGGUUUCACUUGUUCGAAGAAUGCUUUGAUCGCGUUGAACAUUCUUUACGUGGUUGUAGCAAGCAUCUUGAUUUCAGUCACAGUCUAUGGGCAAGCGUCAUCCCUGGUUACCAACUUGCCCAUUGUAGGUGGUAUACUAGCAUGUGGAGUAUUUCUCAUCUUAAUCUCCAUAUUGGGGCUUGCAGGAGCAGUCAAGCAUCACCAAGUUAUGCUGUUCUUUUACAUGGUAAUACUAUUCCUUUUGUUUUUGGUACAGUUUUCGAUUGCUUGUGCUUGUUUGGCAGUUAACUCCGAGCAGCAAGAGAUGUUGGCUCAACAGGGAUGGAAUAAAGUUGAUAUGGAUGUGAAGCAGCAAGUACAAGAACGCUUCCAGUGCUGCGGCUUCCAGGACUCUACAUUCACGAACACUACGGCUGAUCAUCCAUCAUGUGCUGUGGUCAAUGCAAUAUGUUGCAAGGGCAUUAAUACAACAAACUGCCAGUGUGAGCCUUGCAUGGAGAAAUUGAAGGAAACAAUUGAUUACGCAUUUAAACUUUGUGGUGGUAUUGGACUUUUCUUCAGCUUCACAGAGUUGUUCGCGGUGUGGCUAGCUCGUCGCUACCGCAACCAGCCCGACCCGAACUACAAGGAGCCUCACGCGAUUUUCCCAAGAAAAAAUUAUCUUUAUUAAAAAAAAAAAAACAUGUUUAAACUCAUAAAUUUUGUGUUCACAAAUUUGCCUAAUUCGAUGUCAGAUGAACAUCACACCACAGAUACAACAAUGAAGCCCUGUUAUUUUCUUAUACGUUAGCUUAGUCGUUAGUAGGAAAUUGCAUUUGCUUUAAAAACACGUUAUAUAUACUACUUAAAAGAACUCAAUUCAUUUUCGAAUAUAUAAUGUAGCGUGUAUUUCUAGAUUAAUCUAACUUGAAUUCUACGUUACAGAAUUUUAAGUUCUUAGGAUAUUCGCUAUCCGGAUUGAGAGUUUCGGUUGGUAAUUUGUGACCUAGACUUAACGAAGCAAUGUAUCAUAUUUUUGGUUCGGUAGACUGAUAUCUAGUAUGAAUAGUUUAUGUAAACGAAUGUGUUUAAAUACAAGGUGUAAAGGACCUGUUCUUGAAGCCGAAAGGGUAAUAAUUUAGUACGUUAAGCGGAAAAUACAAAUUUGCUUACUAAUAUAAAUGUAGAUGUAGCGGUUAAUUGCACGAAACAGGCAUGUGGGCGGGUACAACGCUAUGAGUAUUAUCUAUCGGCUGACGUUGGCUUUACACCGGCUCCAGACGUUGGUCCUCACGUUGCCACCAACGUUGAGCGUUUAAAUUGGUGAAGUGUCCACACGUUGGCUGUUAUACUAUAAGUUCCUUUCCGUCAGAGCCAACGUGAAGAUGUGCGAAACCGAAAUUGAAAUUGCUCUAAGCGCUUUUACAGUACUGAGUGCGUAUGAUUUAAAUUUGUUAUUAAAAAAAAAAGAAAAUGCCCGUCAAAGAAGAUGAUUUAUGCGGGUGGCGAUUUUGUUGAUGAAGACAUCGCGACAUGAACAUUCGACGCGUGUUGCAACAGGACUGAGCAAAGCGGCAACAUGUGGACGGAUCGCGAACGUUGGCACAGAUUCCUUUGAUAAAACCGACACUCGUCGGCCAACUACCAAUGUUCGCCCCAAAUUCGGGCCAAUGCUAUUUUCUAGAUCCACACGUUAGGCGAGUGGCGUUGGGGCCUAUGUUGGGGUCAACGUGUGGAGCCGGCGUUACUCUGAAUUUCCAAUGUAAGCCGUACACAUCUGUAAGGUCAAUGAGUCGCGUUCCGCGGUAACGUGUCGGCGGGCGGGCUCACCUGUCAAAUUUCAUUGUCAUUUGGUUUAAAUUGGUUUUCCAUUUUGGGUUAACGAAAUAAAUGGAGCAAUUUGGUUUGAAUUACCCUAUUCAGGAGCGGUUUCCUUACACCGAGCAUAGUGACAGUAGACGUGUAAUCUACGUUUUCAUGUUCUAGUUUUAAGUGAGUUUGCUCAUCGUUUUAGUACAAUGGGUACGGUCUGCAAGAAAAGACAUCGUUUUCUUUGAACAUAAUUGUAUAUUAUAGCUCUGUCUAUGAAUAUUAUGAUAUCAACCUGUAAAACCUUUUUUUUUAUUCAAAUAAUCUUUCAUCACAUUUUGAUUUAUAUGUAACCUAGUUGAGGAAUUCUGAUUUUGUUUAUUCUUUUGAAUAUUCCUUAUUUCCUUGACGAUUUUUUCAUAGAAUUUUGUUUAGAUAAUUUUACAUUUUGUAGCCAAUUUUAUAGGUUUAUUUUUUACUCCUAGUCAGUAGAUUUUAACAUAAAAGUCAUACUCGUAAGAAUAAAACCGUUUUGAAUUAUAUUUAAUCGUGUAUUUACCAAAUCGCCACACACGUUAGUCUUCUCGAAAACAUCAUAAUAUUAAUAAAAUAAUAUCUUGAGGCCUCGAAUGUAAUUUCAUUUCACUAUGUUAAUAAUGUCAAAUUAUCUUAUUUUUUUGUUAGCUGUUAUUAUUUUAGUUGAAAAAGAAUAAUGAUCAAAAAUAUUUUAGCCCUCACUGUAUUUUAAAGUAAAUGAAAUUAAAAAUUAAAGGGAAACUGCUGGGUUAAAAUAAAAUUAUUUAUGAAAAAAUUAUUUAGGGCUCAAUGCGUUUUAGUACAUAAUAAAACAUAUUUUAUAGGAUUCGAAAGUAAUAAAUUCUCGAUACUGUAUAUAACUAAAGCUUUAAAUUUGAAAUAGCUUUUUAGGCAUUUUAGGUACCUUAUUUUUACUUAUGAUUUGAUAGAAUAUUUUCACUGUUGAAAAGCGCGGAAAUGUUUCGCACUAAAUAAAAAAUUCUUGAAGGUUUCGUUUCUACUGAAACUACCAUCUAAUAUAAUUUUGUGCUAGAAUAUUUUAUCUAACAGUAAUAAUUCACAUUUACUUACGUUAAAACCUACUUUAAUCCAAGAUUCUGUAAUUAGAUGUACUCAUUUCCUGUUUAGAUUAUAUGAAUUUACUCUGUGUACGUUACUUCAAAGGAUAUACUACAUAUAAUUAUUCUAAAUUAAAUAAAGUGAGCAUGAAUUGAA